UCAACAAUUUAAUGUCUGAGGAUGGUACCCUUGGUCACAGACAGCAUUCGUAGGUGUUAACCGUCGUUAAGUUUUGGUCUGAAAUAUGGUAUAGACCUACAAAAUGGCGGGGUCGAUUGAGAUUCCUCUGCGAGAUACAGACGAGGUGAUAGAAUUAGACUUUGAUCAACUUCCAGAAGGUGUAGAGGUACUUAGUAUUCUUCGCCAUGAGAAUGCACAGUUACAUAUUUGGGUCAGCCUGGCUCUUGAGUAUUACAAGCAAGGGAAGAUCGAGGACUUCAUCCGGAUACUGGAAGCAUCUCGACUGGAUGCGAAUGUGGAUUAUCGUGACUAUGAGAAAGAUCAGAUGCGUGCUCUGGACAUGUUGGCAGCAUACUAUGUGCAACAAGCAAACCACGAGAAGAACAAGGACAAGAAGCGGGAGCUGUUCACGAAAGCCACGCUGCUAUAUACAACUGCAGACAAGAUUAUUAUGUACGACCAGAAUCACUUGCUGGGACGCGCUUAUUUCUGUCUGCUAGAGGGAGACAAGAUGGAGCAGGCUGAUGCGCAGUUCAACUUUGUUCUUAACCAGUCUCCAAAUAACAUCCCGUCUCUUCUUGGCAAGGCGUGCAUCGCAUUUAACAAGAAAGAUUUCCGUGGUGCCUUGGCCUUUUACAAGAAGGCACUUCGAACCAACCCCAGUUGUCCUGCAGCUGUUCGCUUGGGCAUGGGGCACUGUUUUAUGAAACUCGGGAAUCAGGAUAAAGCUCGAUUGGCGUUUGAACGCGCUUUGCAGCUGGAUGCACAGUGUGUCGGAGCUCUGGUUGGCCUUGCAAUUCUGAAGCUGAACCAGCAGCAACCAGAGUCCAUCCGGACUGGCGUUCAGAUGUUGUCAAAGGCUUACACCAUUGAUUCAACGAACCCGAUGGUGCUGAAUCACCUGGCAAACCACUUCUUCUUCAAGAAGGAUUACCACAAAGUACAACAUCUUGCACUGCACGCAUUCCACAACACAGAGAAUGAAGCAAUGCGGGCUGAGAGCUGCUAUCAACUUGCCAGAGCCUUUCAUGUCCAGGGUGACUAUGACCAGGCAUUCCAAUACUACUACCAGGCCACACAGUUUGCUCCUGCUGUGUUUGUGCUACCGCACUUUGGUCUUGGUCAGAUGUACAUCUACCGAGAAGACACUGAGAAUGCUGCGCAGUGCUUUGAGAAAGUGUUAAAGGCUCAACCCGGCAAUUAUGAAACAAUGAAGAUUCUGGGCUCAUUGUAUGCCAAUUCUAGCAGCCAGUCAAAGCGUGACAUUGCCAAGAGCCAUCUGCGGAAGGUGACGGAACAGUUCCCCGAUGAUGUUGAGGCAUGGAUUGAGCUGGCACAAAUACUGGAGCAGUCUGACCUCCAGGGAGCACUCGCUGCUUAUGCUACUGCCACUCGGAUCUUGCGGGACAAAGUGCAGGCCGACAUCCCUCCAGAGAUCUUCAAUAAUGUGGGAGCUCUUCACUACAGGUUAGGUAACUUGGAGGAAGCAAAGAAGAACUUAGAAGACUCAUUGAGUCGCUCGAAAGUGGAAGCAGAACAAGAUCCACAGUAUUACAACUCAAUAACUGUGACGACAACGUACAACCUGGCCCGUCUCAAUGAGUCCCUCUGUCAGUUCGAUCGUGCAGAGAAGUUGUACAAGGACAUUUUGAAGGAGCAUCCCAAUUAUGUUGAUUGUUACUUACGGCUGGGGUGCAUGGCACGAGACAAAGGGCAGAUCUAUGAGGCAUCUGAUUGGUUCAAGGAAGCUCUGAGAAUCAACAAUGAACAUCCUGAUGCAUGGUCACUGCUUGGAAACCUCCACUUGGCUAAAAUGGAGUGGGGCCCGGGACAGAAGAAGUUUGAACGAGUGCUGAAGAAUCCAACCACAUCAACUGAUGCAUACUCACUGAUUGCUCUGGGCAAUGUGUGGCUACAGACACUUCAUCAGCCCACCCGAGACAAGGAGCGUGAGAAACGCCAUCAGGAUCGUGCACUUGCUAUGUAUAAGCAGGUACUCCGUAAUGACCCUCGUAACAUCUGGGCUGCCAAUGGUAUAGGUGCUGUGUUGGCACACAAGGGCUGCGUGAAUGAGGCACGGGACAUAUUUGCUCAAGUCCGUGAAGCCACAGCGGAGUUCUGUGAUGUGUGGCUUAACAUCGCGCACAUCUAUGUGGAGCAGAAGCAGUACGUCAGUGCCAUCCAGAUGUAUGAGAACUGCCUACGGAAGUUCUACAGGCACCAUCAUGUUGAAGUGCUUCAGUACUUAGCACGAGCUUACUUCAAGGCUGGAAAGCUGAAGGAAGCCAAGAUGACACUUCUGAAGGCUCGGCGAGUGGCACCACAGGACACAGUGCUUCUGUACAACAUUGCUCUGGUGCUUCAACGUCUUGCGACACAGAUCUUAAAGGAUGAGAAGUCAACUCUUGAAACUGUAUUGCAGGCUGUUCAUGAGCUUGGACUUUCCCACAAAUACUUCAACUACCUGUCUGUCCACGGGGACCGCAUGCGUUACGAUGUCACAUUAGCAGGCUUGGAGGCCCGUCAGUGUCAGGAUCUUCUGUCACAGGCCCAGUACCAUGUGGCACGUGCCCGUCGUGUGGAUGAAGAAGAGAGGCAGUUACGACGCAAGCAAGAGGAGGAACGAGAGGCGUUCAGACUGAAGCAAAUGGAAGAACAGAAGAAACUGGAGGAGAAGAAGAGGUUAGAGAUUGAGGAAUUACUGAAGAAGCGGCAGGAGUACCGUGAGAAAACAAAGAAUGCCCUUUUGUUUGGUGACAUGCCCAGUGAGAAGCCCACUAAAAAGGGGGCUGGUCGGAAACGUGCCGAGUACAUUUCUGACUCGGGUGGAAGUGAUGGUGGCGGAGGAGGAAGUGGUACCGAGAAACCUCGUGAGAAAACAAGGAAAAGACGACGCAGUGUUGAUGGUGAGAAGAGACGCAAGGUUCGUGCUGGAGGCAGUGGUACUCGGAAGAGACGAGAAAAACAGAGAGCAGGGCGAGAUUCUGACUCUGGAGAGGAGAGACCCAAGACUAAACGUGGGCGCAAGGCACAGAGGGAGCCCCGUGGUCGAGGUAGAAGGGGCAAGCAGGCCAGCUCAGAUGAUGGGCUGUCGGCCCGCCAGAAGAGCCGAAUUGUUUCAAAGGCAACCAUAUCAACAAGCGAGUCUGACAGUGAUAGUAAUCAGCUCAAGAUUGCUAGUGGGGGAGAAAGUGGAAGUGACAGGAGUGCUGGACAGAAGAAGAAGCGUAGAAUUGCAUCUGAUUCCAGUCGUUCACCUUCUAGAUCUCGCUCCAGGUCACAUUCUGGCAGCAGGUCACGUUCACGUUCAAAGAGCGGAUCUCGUUCUAGAUCUGAAUCCAAGAGCAUAUCUAGGUCUAGAUCACGUUCUGGAUCCAGAUCAAAAAGUGGUUCACGCUCUGGCAGUGGAUCCCGAUCCAGGUCAAGAUCAAAGAGUGGUUCUCGGUCGAGAUCAAGAAGUGGGUCAGGAUCUGGGAAGAGCAUAUCACGAUCAAGGUCUAGGUCAAAGAGUCGGUCAAGGAGCAGUGGAUCAUCCCAUUCUAGGUCUAGGUCAAAGUCUGGGUCACGGUCAGGAAGUGGCUCUCCUACCAAAUCCCGUUCUCGCAGUGGAUCAAGGAGCAAAUCUGGUAGUCGAUCAAGAUCACGGUCCUCAAGUCGGUCGGGUUCUCCAAUUUCCAGAAAGUCUGUGUCUGGCAGUGAAGCAGGCAGUCCAUCACAUGACAAAGGUUCAGGUUUGGUCCAGUGUUCAGAAUCUGAUGGAGGAAAUUCUGGGAAUGAAAGUGAGUAGGAGCCUUGGGCCUGGUAUGCACUUGUUCUGCUGGUGUGCCUUUGUCCAUAUCCGAGGGAGU